AUGAGAACCAGUUGUCGAUUGUGCGGCUACAGUGCUACGGAUUUGAAUGAAAUUUUUGGCUUGCCCGCAUACGGUACAGGCUACUGCGGGAAAAUCGAGAAGUAUUUAUAUUUGAGGGUCACUCAAAAUGACGGGCUAUCCGAGUUUGUGUGCUGGAUGUGCUCUCAGCAGCUCGAUUCUUUUCAACGAUUUCACGAGAAAAUAAUUGAAAUUCAGCAAAGGACUCUCGGCGAACGGUUCGCUCAUUUCAUGCUUCAUGGACCCUAUGAAGACCACUUUAGGACAGCAGAUCAAAGUUCCAAAAUAGAGAAAAAUGAACAUAUCGAAAACUCAGGAGGUGCAGCAACAGAGAACGAAUUGGACAUUGCUUCGGUCGAAAAUGAAACACAUGUUGCUCAGAAUAUGACUGCCAAAGCUACAAGGAAUCAAAAACUAAAGGCAGAUCUUCCAAAUGAUAAAUGCCAGAGACGGAAAACUGUCCGCACUCGCGAGUCUACAGGGACAAAAAACUGCCCCAGCGUGGACACGUGUGAUACAAGCGAAAUCGAUUCAGUUGAUAUUUCAGAAGUCGAAGCUCUUGCUGCUGAAAAAGGUGCAGCGGAUAUUGCGGAAAAGAAACCCGAAAAUCUGUUCGUGAAUGGACGAAUGGUUGUGAAAGGACAAAAGUUGCGACAACUCAUUUCCCGUUUCUAUCGACUGCAAUGUGACUUUUGCAAGGAAACGGAACUUCGAUUUAACCACGUGGAUAAGUUAUACGACCACUACGAAAAGGUGCACAACUCUAGAGGAUAUAUUGUCUGUUGCGAGUUGAAGCUGACGGACAGUGAGAAGAUAAUCAUACAUAUGGCCCGGCAUAUACAACCUGAAGCGUUCACAUGCGACAUCUGCGGCUAUAUAGUCACGAAACCGAAGUUCCUUAUAAGCCAUAAGCAAACCCACCUACCAGUUAACGAUAAACCGUACGCCUGUCCCCACUGCACGAAACGGUUUUGCUGGAAACGAGCGCUAACAGUUCAUUUGAACAGUCAUCAAAUAGCUGCUGAACGUAGAGUGUUCCGCUGUUUAUUGUGUGAGAAGACAUACGAGACUCCAGGCGGCUUAUCGAACCAUAAGCGCAACGUACACAAAGGUCUAAAACCGAAGCAGACGCAUGUGUGUGAUGUAUGCGCUAAGCCCUUCGCAACGGUGCACGGACUACGGGAGCAUAUUUCCACCAUCCACCAACCUUGGGAGGAGCGGCAGCUUCAGUGUGCAGAAUGCGGCAAAUGGUUGAAUGGGGAGCGCUGCAUGAAAAUGCAUCUUAAGAUUCAUUCGGCGAAGAACCUGGCCUGCGGUGAGUGUGACUAUAAAACAAACAAAUCGUUACUUUUGAAGCGCCAUAAAAUCACUCACCACCAACAAGAACGCCCGUUCCUUUGCGAUCUGUGCGAGAAAACGUUCAAGGUAAAGCGUGACCUCAAGGUGCACAUGCUAAGCAAGCACAGUAUGCAGUCUCGCACAUUUCAAUGCAAUUUUUGCAACCUUCGAUUUCGUAAUUCCGCCAACUUUUACGCCCAUCGAAAAAGUCAGCAUCCGAAGGAGCUUCAGGCGAUGAGGGAUGAUCAGGAGUUGGAGAAGAAACGCAAAAGAAUUCGUGCAGGCCUUGAACGAUCUUCAAGUACGGAUCGGGAACUUCGCGCUAUGAACGUGCGUGCUACUCCUACUAAUGAAAGCUCUGAGCCUAUUACUGAAGAUGUCAUAGUUGUCGACAAUAAGCACUACCGCUUGCGUAGCGAAAACGAUAGCAUUACUGUUGUUGUUGAAAUAGAGGACAUGAGCGAAAUAUGAAAGAAAGUUUCAGCAUGAUGGUGAAGUUUGAAAAAGAUAGCAAGAAACAGAAUUUGGGUAACUGUUUCCACAGUCAGUGUCACUUGUAAUAAGUAUAGUUCACAUUAUCCCCGAAGUCUCUUUUGAUUUUCAAAUAUGUGUUGUAGACGAAAAAAAUAAAAAGAUUAGAACAAUAGGACGUGGUUAAUAUGUUGUAAUGAGAGUAGAAAACAGUUGUAACAAACGUAAUUUAUUUCACGUUAUAAAGCGUAUAAAUCUAUCGACACACCAGCUUUGUCUAUCAAUUCGAAGGGCACUGUAUUGAAAUAUAUAUUUAAAUGUCGUGUAUUUGUUAUUUGCGAAUUAUUAACUAGCAAAGACCAGUUCACCUGUCUUCAUCAAGACCAUCUUUGAAAUCAAGGCGGUUUCUGGUACUAUUGGCGUUUUCUUAUUGGAUGUUUAAUCGGUUGUGUAUCUGACCAUGUGGCGCUAAUUAUGUUAAACUUAGAAUCUGCAUGCCUUACACGAAAUGCUGCACAGCAAUACUUUUGAUGUUAUAUUACACUGUCUUAGUUUCUCAGAAAUCUCCUAAUUAAUUGAACAUUCUAACGAGUGAAUUUGAGUAAGCUAUUGAAUUACAGAGAGGGGAGGAAGUAGGAUAGACAAAGUUACGAUGGUUCUGGCUAGUACGGCGCACACAACAAAGAAAGAUUAUUUAUCUAAUGAAUGCAACAUUUGAUAGUGAUACUUUGACAAUGGCACAAAAAUAUUUCAGCACAGCGCAUUAUAAUUGCCACCCCCAGAAGAGAUUGUUCGCAUACCAACCUGGCGUGGUGAGGGUCGGGAGGAAAACGAUCCAUCCGACGAGUCCUAGUACAUAAGUUCCAAUAAAAAUAUAUUUUUUGUGGUCCCCUUGCGAAAGCACUUCCUGGACGUCGGGAAAUCCCAUGUGAUUGCAGAAUGCAUGUACGAUGAAGGGUGCAAGGAAGUGUCCGGAACGCACAAACAAGUACGCCGAAUAAAU